GUUAAAUUCGGGCUCACAACCAUAGUGCCAAUCAGUGUGAUAAGUCAUUUUUCGUAGCCUGGAAUGCAAGAGCAUUUCCUACCAUAUUUCGGAUCAUAUCUGCAUGCGCUAUUGACUCCGCAAAUUCCACGAAUACCUCAUUAUAUGUACUCACAAUUCUCGAUGCAAAGCAUUAGCGCCAAAACAAAUUGCCCCUGAAUAAUAAUAAAAUGAGACGCAAAGACUCCAAGUCCAAGACUGCGGAGAGUCAUAUCACUGACACUGACUCGUCCGCCACCGAGUCCGACAGCUCCGCCAUCAAGAUCGAUUCCGACAUGAUCCACGACGAAAACUACGACGCUUCGCCCCCUUCCCCCGAUUCCUGCCCCUUUACCGAGGGCGAGAAGGCCCUCGCCUUUCACAAGGCACGACUGUACGAGGCCAAGGUAACCGAUGUCCGAUAUAAGAUGGAUUGGGAGUUUUAUGUUCAUUACGCUGGAUGGAACAAAAGUAGGGAUGAGUGGGCACGGUUGGAUCGUCUGACGAAAAACACUGACAAGAAUAAGAAGAAACACCAGUACCUCAACCAGAAACAAGGAACAGACAAGAAUGCGAAGCUUACACACACAGCGCAUACUAAACCAAAAAGUUAUCAUGCGUCUAGAGGGAAGAAGCGAAAGAAUGACUCUGUCUGUAAGGACAAAGGUGCCAUACCGAUGGAAGAUCUUGUCCUUCAAAUGCCACAAACACUAAAGAAACAACUAGUUGAUGAUUGCGAAUUCAUUACUCAUCUGGGCAAGCUUGUUAAACUUCCACGUACUCCAAAUGUGGAUGACAUAUUCAAGAAGUAUCUAGAUUACAGAUCAAAGGACAGUAAGAAGAAAGCUCAAUCUGUUGAAGAAAUCCUGAAGGGACUGUGUUGUUACUUUGACAAAGCACUACCGGCAAUGCUUUUGUACAAAAAUGAACGUCAGCAGUAUGAGAAAGCAAUCACAGAUGAUGUCUCUCCAUCAUCUGUCUAUGGUGCCGAGCAUCUAUUACGGCCCUUCGUUAAACUACCCGAGUUAUUGUUGGAUGCUAACACUGAAGAGGAGACAUCAAAAGCGUUGCAGCAAAAAUUGGUCGACUUUCUCAAGUUCUCACAGACGAACCCGAGUGCGUUUUUCCUUUCUCCCUAUUAUGUACCAGACGAUAUUGAAACCAGCACCAACAAAACAGAUGUCUAAGCGCAGGCACACUUGCAACAUUUUUGUACACAACACCGCGGAAGAGCAGAGGUUGAUGAUGUCUCGGUACCAUUUUGAAUAUUUCAUUGGCUUGAACAGCCGUUGAAACUUAAUGUGUUCUGGGUGCACAUAUUAUCAUGUAAAAUAUCUAGUUAGAACAUGGCCGAUGCCUUAUAAAUGUCUGCGGCCCUACGCCUCGGGGUUGUAUCUUUUGUGAUUAAUCUAGUUACAACAUUGGCUUGCUGCUAA